CAUCUCGCUGCAUCUCAUUGCAGCUCACAAUCCUCCUUCCCUUCCCUGUCCUCCUAACUUCUUCCCGUCUUCAUAUGAGUUCAGAAUCAAAAUUCUACUACGUGGACACCUUCUCGUACCAGCCAAGCAAGCCGUCUGCACACGAGAAUUUGACGGAGAAAUUCGAACUGCAGGACUUGGCGUACAAAGUGCGCCGGGUGGACGAGCAGGGUAACAAGCGGAAAAUGAGACGGUCGUACAAGGCGUACAUCCAGGAUCUUCCUGGCUCCAUUGAAAUCGCCAAAGACAACACCAUUCGGCAGUGGUACGCUGAGCCGCGGAACGGCCCCGUCGAAGUCGAUCUGCACCAGCUCCACGCCAGCUUCCGUCUCGAGCCCGGUCUCAUUCCCGGCUUCAAUUCAAAGAUUUUCGGUCUUGACGAGGAUGUCACCGAAACGAUGAGCCGUGACUCGUCCAUGCCCCGGAGCCCUGCUCGCCGCCGGAAGAGGGUAUAGACCCCCGCAAACUAAUGGGGUUACAGGUGGUGCACCACAUAACGUAGAUAAUUAAUUCAUCGAGUAUUGCUCAUCCCACUAAACAAAUGGAGCCCCGCUCACCCCCAUUUCUACCCCACACACCAGUCGCCCCCACUCCUCACAUAUCCCAUUCCUGA